GCCGCCCCCUCCCAUUGGCGGCGGCCGCGCGCCUGCCCGCCCCUCACCGUGACGUCAGCGCUGUCCGGCGGCGCCGCGCCGGGAGGAGUCGCCGCUGCUCCGCCGCGGGGCCCGGGGCCGGGGCCGUCGGUGGGAGUGGGUGGCCCUACGGGGCACCAUGCCGCUGGGGCAGGAUGGGCCCAGCUGGAAGAAGAGGAUCGAGGAUAUUCAGCGGAUCUAUGAUUUCCGAGAUGUCUUGGGCACGGGGGCCUUCUCCGAGGUGGUCCUGGCGGAGGAGAAGGCGACGCGGAAGCUCGUGGCCAUCAAGUGCAUUGCCAAGAAGGCGCUGGAGGGAAAGGAGACCAGCAUUGAGAACGAGAUUGCCGUCCUCCACAAAAUCAAGCACCCCAAUAUUGUGGCCUUGGAUGACAUCUACGAGAGUGGCACCCACCUCUACCUCAUCAUGCAGCUGGUCUCGGGGGGGGAACUCUUUGACCGCAUUGUGGAGAAGGGCUUCUACACGGAGCGGGACGCCAGCGCCCUGAUCCGGCAGAUCCUCGAUGCCGUCAAAUACCUGCAUGACAUGGGUAUCGUCCACCGUGACCUCAAGCCCGAGAACCUGCUCUAUUACAGCAUGGAUGAGGACUCCAAGAUCAUGAUCAGCGACUUUGGGCUGUCGAAGAUCGAGGGCUGUGGCAGUGUCAUGUCCACAGCCUGCGGCACCCCUGGCUAUGUGGCCCCUGAGGUGCUAGCACAGAAGCCCUACAGCAAAGCAGUGGAUUGCUGGUCCAUUGGAGUCAUCGCCUACAUCCUGCUCUGUGGUUACCCCCCUUUCUAUGAUGAGAACGAUGCCAAGCUCUUCGAGCAGAUCCUGCAGGCCGAGUACGAGUUCGACUCACCCUACUGGGAUGAUAUCUCGGACUCAGCCAAGGACUUUAUCCAGCACCUGAUGGAGAAGGACCCUGGCAAGCGAUUCACCUGUGAGCAAGCCCUGCAGCAUCCCUGGAUUGCCGGGGACACAGCCCUGGACAAGAACAUCCACCAGUCAGUGAGUGAGCAGAUCAAGAAGAAUUUUGCCAAGAGCAAGUGGAAGCAAGCUUUCAAUGCCACCGCGGUGGUGAGACACAUGAGAAAGCUGCAGCUGGGAACCAGCCAGGACGUCCCUGGGCAGACAACUCCCACGAGCCCCGGCGAACCGUUGGUUGGGGGGACCAGCACCGGGUCAGAGUGUGGGCGCCCACCCUCAAGCAGAGCUCAGCGUCUCUCACCAGACUGAGCACGGCCCCACACAGCUGCCUCCACGGGGGCCCAAGGGGGUCCAGCCAUGUGGGGUGAGGGCUCUGCAGUGCAGGAGCAGGGGAGAUAGUGUGGAGGCACCCUGCUUGACUUGUCCUGGUUGUGUGGAGCUGCCCCCACUGCAGCCUCACAGCAGAGUUCUGCGUCGGGGCAGGAGCACACCACAGAGCCCCCCAGCUAGGGGCUUUGUCCCAGGCCCCUUCCCACACCCCUUCCCUCCCUCCACGUCCGGCCUGGCACUGUCCCACACCCCCAACCCCAGCAUGUUCAAGGACAAUUUUCCAAAUGGAUGUUUCUAUUUUAUUGCUUGUAAUAAAGGCAAGAGGCCAAA